CCAUAUAUAAAAUGACCCCCGGAAACACGCUUCCUUCGGUACCCCUUUUUGGCUGUGUGGCCUCAAUCCUCAUACUUCUCCAUCAUCAUCAUCACAAUUCUCUCUCUCCCCACUUUCUCUCUCUAGAUGACAUCGAACGGCGCAGCGACUACGAAAUCCGAAGCUUCCCUGCCCCUGGAGUGCUGUAUGUGUGGAGAUUUUGGCUUCUCUUAUGAGCUAUUUCAGUGCAAAAUCUGCCAAUACAGAUCCCAACACAGAUAUUGUAGCAAUCUGUACCCGAAAGCAGAGUGUUACCGAAUAUGCAAUUGGUGUCUGAGUCAAAAGGAGGAAUCGAAAGCAAAAUCGCCAAAUUCUUCCAAUUCUUCUACGUCGAAUAAAGCGCAAAAUAGCAGUGGCCGCGACGAUUAUUCCUCAAUCAAAAAGCCCAGAAACAGCAAUAAGGAUCAAAUUCGCACCUUCCAAUCUCAAGAAAACAGACCCAUCAAGAAACAGAGGUCGCCGGAAGUUUUGCCGCCUCCGCCUCCUCCUCCUCCGCCGCCGCAGGCUCGGCGGAGACCCGUCGCCGUGGACGACACUCUCCGGCGGACUAGAUCGGAGGAGAUUUCGCACCGAACGGGGAUCCAACGGCCGGUGAUUUUUAGGAACAAGGUGAGAAGGUACAAACUUCUGGACGAGGUUUCCAGCUGAAAUUUUUUACACAGAUCACAUCAUUUCAUGUCCUCUUUUUUGUUGUUGUUGUUCUCUUUCUUUUUUUCUUUUUACGGAAUUACAAAAAAUUAGUGGAAA